CACAUCCCUCUCCUUGGUCGGAACUCAAGCUCAGCUGAAGCUUUCCAUGUCCUCUGUUGCUCCUGCUCCUCAAGCCUCCAAGCACUUCCUGCCCAUCAACCGGAUGUCGUCGCGCUACCGUGCAGCUUCUACUCGGGCGUGCGCACUCACGCAUCUCACCCCCAUCCCGGCUCCCGGCUGGCCGCCGCCCGCGUGCGCCUGCUGAAUCAGCAUCCCCGGCUCGGCUGGCCGCCGCCGUGGUACGCCUGCUGAAUCAGCAUCCCCGGCUCGGGUGGCCGCCGCUGUAGUCCGCCUGCUCGACCUAGUCGCACAGCAGUUCGGUGGGGACGGGAUCCUUCGCGGCGCCGUGCUCGCUGAUCCGAGAUGCGGAGCCUAGCGGGAGCAUGUGGGACGGCCACGCAAGAGGUUGGCGUGUCCUUGACAGGUGCUUGGGCUUUUGGAGGAGGGGCCGAGUAUAGAGGGGAAGGACAUCGAGAAUCAGCAUCAGCGCCAUCAAUUUGGUACUCAGAGAGGAAGAAGAAAGGGACUGCAGCUCAUACAUGCAGUACGCAUAACACAGGUAAUUUCCUCUUCUUCUUGUACCAUUCCCGUCUCAUGCGUGUUAAAUUCAGAGAAGGAGAGCUAGUAGCAAUUCCAUUACUCUCCUUUCAUUCAGUUAAGAUGUGUGUUCAAUUCAGAGAAGGGAGAGCUAAUAGCAAUUCCAAUACUCUGCUUUCAUUCAGUUAAAUUAAGAUUCCUUGCAUGCUGAAUUCGGGCUGAUUGUCAAUCUGUUCUCUGCUCGCUCUAUGCCUCUAAGCAUGACAUUUAGAUAGAUGGUUCAGUGUACAUAUAUUAUGCAUAAUUGAAAUGGAUCAUUGGGAUCCCGGUCAUCGUAACUUAAAAUGAGAAGGAUAGCUUAGAGGCUCAUAUAAGCACGAUGCUUGUGGAAAAUUGUUCAUAGCUAAUUCUAUGAAUUAGUACGCAAUUAAAAAAUAUAUGUGAACUAGUAUAUUUGAUUGGGGACAUUUAGUAGCAUUCAGUUGAUGGUACAUACAAGUUCUAAUAAAAAUUAUUUGCAACUUUGAAGUCAAAACACACAUGAGAUAAAACUCGCGACAACAAAAUAGAUCAUGUUGGCUUCGGUUGAUUGAGGAAGGCUUGGUUUUGUCCUGUCAUCAUACUAGAGGUAGAGGUUCCAAUGGUCCUUUGCACUGAGGGAUUCUGCGCCGAGUGUUGCUGCUGUAAAUAGGUAGACAUGUGAUUUGUCGGAUGACCCUGGGCAGAAAGGUAGCAAUUUCAGUUUGAUUGAAUUUGAGAAAUUGGAAAACUUGGAAGCAUGGAAUGUUAUACCACUGGAGUAUAGUGUGGGUCUUGGGUCUGUGGUGGCAUCAGGAUGGUGUGACCAACUGAUGGCUGCAUUGUAGCAUUUACAAUAGAUGUCGCCUUCUGUUGAAGAAGGAAGCCUUGAUUUUCUCCUGUCAUCGAACUAUAGUUAGAGGCUCCAAUGGCCUCUAUCAGGCAGGGAUUCAAAUCAGAGUUCUGUUGUUGUAAAAAGGUGUACUUGUGGUUUAUCGGAUGACCCUGUGCACAAAGUAGCAACUAUCAGUUUCAGUGAAGUUUAAAAAAUGGAAAACUCGAAAGGGUGGAAUGUUGUACCACUGGAGUGUUGUGCGGUGCUUGGGUUUGUGGUUGCAUCGGGAAGCUCGGACCAGCUGAUGGCUGCAUUGUAGCAUUUAGGAUAGGUGUUGGCUGAGCAGAGUUCUGCUGCUGUAAAUAGGUGGACAUGUGGUAUGACGGAUGACCCUGUGCACAAAGUAGCAAAGUUUAGUUUCAAUGAAGUUUAAAAAAAUCGUAAACUUGAAAGAGUGGAUUGCUUCUACCACUGUUGUGUCGUAUGGUUGGAAUCCCGCCAACAGUUGUUGGGUAUGCGGUGGCAUCGGGAUGGUAUUACCAAUUGAUGGUUGCAUUGAAGCAUUUAGGAUAGUGUUGUAGUGUAAUUGAUAUGCACCCAUUUGGUUACCGAAAAGUUCCAAAGGACCCUGUUGAAAAUGAUAGAGAAAGGUCAAUACAAUUGAGUGUUUUAUAAGAAACAAGCAACAUCGUUAUACCGUUGAGAGGCCAUGAGGUUGUAGUUGUACAAUAUCUUUUUUGUUCUUUUUCUUCUUUGAAGUUGCUUUCUCUGAAGGGGGCUAUGAAAAAUGAUAUGAAAGGUCAAUAAUGUUGAAGGUUUUAUAGGACUCAAAGCGACGAAGUAUAAUACCUUUGAGGUGCCAUGAGGCUCUAGUUGUGCAAUAUCAUCUGUGUUCCUUGUCUUCUUUGAAGUUGCUUUCUCAAAUCCACCAACGGGCCUUUUUGAUCCUUUGACAGUCUUCUCCUUGACCUUCAUACCUUUUGGCUUUGCAAGCCCAUCAUUGUGUUUUGAAAUUCUGCUACAGGGGAUGUUCACUCCUGCUGCCAUUGUAAUGGUAAAUAUCAGUCUUUGUUUGUCAAUAGUCUAGGAAAUUAUUAUUAAUAUAAUAUGCACCUUCUUUAGUACAUGAGUCUCCCAAAUCUGGAUCAGCUCUAAUCUUCAAGCAUUUCUCCACACCUUGUGCUAAUUGCUCUGCAAAUUUAGCAGCCUUAUUGUAUGAGUCUUCUGACUCAGCGGCACGAGCAGCUAUUUUCAAGAACAUUCUGCAUAGUUCCUUGUAGCGAUUGGACAUUCUUGCUUUUAGGUUCUCAUGCGGUUGCAUUUGCUUGUUAUAUCUAGAACUUUGGCAUCAAUUGUCCAUCUUUUCAAGAUAUAUUCUCCAGGGAUAUGCUUGAUAUUAUUAAUAUCAAGUACCUUUAAGCAAUGAGAGCAAAGGAUUUCAGAAAACUCGAACCUUUUGCAGCUGCAACUAACCUUUUCUUCUUUUGGAAUGAAUCUAACAACAUGCUCUCGUUGUGUGCCAUGAAAUUUUACUAUAUAAAUCCUCAACUCUGUGUCACUUUCAUCACAAAGCAAUGUGUCGUAGUUCAGAGUCCGAAGCACUUGAUAUUGAAACAUCUUGAAUAUUGCUGGAGUAUAUGUAGCUGCAGCUUGUGUUAGCAUAUGGCUUGAUUCAGCCUUCAACUUUGGAGUAGUUUGUGUUGCUUUAAAGUCAUACUUCACCUCUUCACAUCUUUUAUCUGAAACUAGCCGUUCAAAAUGCUCAAAGAAAGUAAGCAUGUCAUAUUUAACACUAAUGUACCUCUUUAGUUCAUUGUUCAUGCUUUCACUUCAUUGGGUAGUGCUCAUGUGGGCAGAGAACGUAUUUUUACCAUAUACUAGUGCCCACUGUUCUUUCUUCUCAAAUAGCCUUUGCAACCAUGCAUUGUCACCUAGUGCAUACUUGUCAAUCAUUUUAUUCCAUGCACUUACAAAUUCAUCUUCCUCUUCUAUAUCAUAUAUACAAUGUUGAAAAUCAACAUUGAAUUUCUUAUAUUCAUCAACAACUCCAGCGAGAUGCUUGCAAGCAUUUUGAUUCAUAUGCCAGACGCAAAGUCUAUGGUGAGAAUGAGGGAACACUUUACGGAUUGCCUUUGCCAUUGUUGCAUCUUCAUCGGUGAGAAUUGUACGUGGAUGUUUCCUAGACAUAACUUUUAGGAAAGUUCUGAAAAGCCAAGCAAAACUUGUAGCAGUUUCAUUAUAGAGAAGUGUGGCGCCAAAGACAACAGUUUUUUGAUGAUUAUUCACCCCAACAAUCAAACCAAAUGGGCGUCCAUCAUCUAGUUUCCUGUAUGUGGUGUCAAAGCAUAUAACAUCGUCGAAUAAUGCGUAGUCUGAUACCAUUUUCGAGUCAGUCCAAAAAAUAUUAGUUAUCAACUCAUCUUCAUCAACUUGAAUUGAAUAGAAGAAGUUGACAUCUUCUGAGACCUUCUUCUCCAUGUACUCUAAUACUCCCCCUGUGUCACCAUGCUUUGCUUUUAUUGUUCUCUUUGAGUACAAACGAUUUUUCAAAUCUUCACCUAUAAAGCCAAGGUUUUCACUUCCACAUGCUUCCUUGGCCAUCAAAUCGAAUGUUGCUUUAUUUGAAAUGCCUACUGACUUUGCAACCUCGGCAUUUGCUAUAUGUGCUUCUGUUACUUUUCUCUGGGAUCUCAAGUACUGGUUCAUGAUUCCUUGAGCAAGAGUGUGGUUAUGUGAUGCCUCGAAUUCAUACACAUAAUACACACUUCCAUAACAUGCUGGCGAGGAACCGAUCAAGCAACUUUAGCGGUUGCCGCCACCGCCGAGGCUACCCUUGUCUUCUCCCCUUCCCACACAUAUCGACAACCAUGGAGAGGGAGGCGGGCGGACCCGGACCUGAUUUUGGCUCGAAGAAUGUUAUCAAGGCAUUUGAUAUUAUUGUAAGCUCGUACUUCAAACGGCAAGUGGCUAUUGCGGCAAGUGGCUAUUAUUGUAAACUCGUACUUCAACCCGCAAGAGAGUGAUGGUCCAGCCAAUGUUUCUUCAACAAUUUCUAGAUCUCGUCUCAAACGGCAAGUGGCUAUUGCGGUCUUUAAAGCCUAUUAUGGUGAGGGAGUUUGCAAGUAUCUCUUUCGCUUACUGUUGGUUCUGUGUAAUUUUAAGUUUUUGGCGGGCCGCAAUCAAUUGGAGGAAGAAGGCUAGCGUGUUCUUAAUGUAAUUUUAUUUUUUUACUGGUCAUUUUACGUCCAGGUGCCUUUCCAUGGUACUGGACGUUUUCCUUGAUUAUUAUCAUAUCUAAGAUGCCUUUGAUAUCUUUCUUUAAAAAAACAAAUAUUUGUUGAGUGAAAAAAGAAAGCAACUAUUUAUGUAGAAACAGAAAACAACGUUUUUUGAGACAAAACAGAAAAUAACUGAAGACCAUACUCAUACUAUAUUGCAUCUUUAUUCUUUUGAAUUUUUUAGCGGUGCAUUCUUUUUUGGUAGAGAAUGUGCCACACUAGCUUUCCUUUUUUAGCGCAAUGCGUCACACUUGCUUCUUCUUCUUUUUGUGCUGUGGUGAGCCACAUUGCUACCACGUGAAAACGGCCCACGGCCCGGCCACCACACAGACUGAGCCCAGGCCCAACAUGGACACCUCCGCGUGGUGGCGGUCCACAGAAGUACUGUAUCCUCCACGGGCUACUUCAGCGGUUGCCGCCGCCGACGAGGCUACCCUCCUCCCACACAGAUCGACGGCCAUGGAGAUGGAGGCGGGCGGACGCGGACCUGGUUCUGGCAGGAAGAAGAGGAAGCGGGCGGCGGCGGGAGGCAGAGCCGCCGGCAACCAAGGGCCGCAGCCCGGAGCGGGAGAAGGCGAAGGCGAAGGGGCCGCCGAGGACCGCAUCAGCCAGGUCCCCGACGCUGUCCUGGGCGAGAUCGUCUCCCUCCUUCCCACCAAGGACGGCGCCCGCACCCAGGUCCUCGCGUCCCGGUGGCGCCACCUCUGGCGCUCCGCCCCUCUCAACCUCGACUGCGGCGGCCUCCUCCCAAUCCCAACCCACCACCGCGAUCUCGAUCGCCUCGUCUCGCGCAUCCUCGCCGCCCACACGGGCCCCGGGCGCCGCCUCUGCGUGCCCUGGAGGAACGGCCGCAAGGCCGCCAAGCUGGAAGCCUGGCUCCGAUCGCCCGCCCUGGACAACCUCGAGGAGCUCGAGUUCAACAACCAAUCAACAGGGUUCCUCUCGCGCUUGCCGGCGACCACCUCCCGGUUCGCCGCCACGCUCCGCCUUGUCAAACUCGAACUAUGCCACCUCCCCGACGACGCCGUCCGAUCGCUUCAUUUCCCCCAGCUCAAGCGCCUCGCACUCGUCAAGGUCGUCAUCUCGGAGGGCGCACUGGGCAGCCUCAUUCUUGCGUGCCCCGCCAUGGAGUGCGUGCUGCUUUGGUACAUCUCCGGAGUCCGUCGCGCCCGGAUCAGCUCCCCUCGGAUCAGAAGCAUCGGCGUCGUCGCUCUCGUUGGUUCAAACUCCAUGGGCAUGCCCAACUUGGACGAACUCGUGAUAGAGAAGGCCCCGUCUCUUGAAAGGCUGCUCCAUCUCAAUCUACGGGAUGACCUGCGAGUGUCGGUGAUCGACGCGCCUAAGCUGGAGACCUUCUGCAUCGUUCACAACGAUCGUUGCAGCUUCGACAGGAUCAUCGACCAUGUAGGUGCUGAUAGCCCGACAACGAUGGCGCGCACCGUCAAGAUCUUGGCUUUUAGAGUGCGCUUUUUUAGUCUGGAUAUGAUUAUUGACUUCCUCAGACUCUUUCCCUGCCUGGAGAAGCUGUACAUGCAGAAUGAGUGCAAUGCUCUUUUCCGGUCAAUGUCAAGGCAAAAAGGGCCGAAGAAUUGCUGGCGUCGCAAACAUCGAGAUCUUGAUAUCACAUGCCUUGAUGUUCAUCUGAAGACAAUAGUGUUGGAAUCCUACCGGGGAGGUCUGUCCGAGGUCAACUUCGCCACAUUCUUUGUACUGAACGCGAGAGCGCUAGAGUCAAUGACGUUUCAGGUGAAAACCACCGACGGGGAGUUCAUCGCGAGACAGAUGAGGUUGCUUCAGGUGGAGAAGAGGGCAUCAAGGGGCGCCGAGUUUCACUUCACGGACGAUAGAUGUCUUCGGGGUUUUUCGGAUAUCUGCCACGUCCGUGAUUUGGAUCUGACAGAUCCCUUUGUGUGUUGAGUCGUUGAUGCCGCGACUAGAUUCGGUGUGCUGAAGAGGUGCCCAUGUCUUUCUCAUUUUGUGUUAUCGUGGACCUUUUAUGACAAUUGUUAUACUGUACAUGUUAUGUGUGAUGUACU